UUUUUCUCAACGUCCUUUUCCAAACUUUCCAAAGCCUGUUAUUGUGCUGUGAAAAUAAAUCAAAUUUGGAGCUGUAGAACGUUUGAUUCAUCGUGAUAUUCCUCGCUUUUAUAGUAUACAGGUUCAGUUACCUACAUUACAUUGGAAGCACUGCAGGGAUAUUCGAAUCAGUGACACCCAAAUCACCGGAAGUAGUAGAACAUGGACCUAGUUUACAUAUAUAUCAUCACAGUCCUAGCCUCGAUUACACCGGUUACAUGUAUCAACGAAAACUAUGAAAACGUAGCAGAAUCCAGCACAGAUUCAUGCAAGAACGAGGUAAACAUGACGUGCGUUCCUCCAGCGAAGCGCACCUGUUCGCGGUCUUGUGUUCAGAAGAAUGGUGGACCUUUUUGCAUUAGAUGUGAAAUGAAAUCAAACAUGCCAAAGAUCAGAGGAAAGAUAGUUGCCAUAAACACAAAUGAUAGCAACAUGCGAUGCUACAGGGGAUAUAAAUUGCACGUCAACAUCAGAACUUGGGAAGGAGAUAAACUGCUACAUAUAUGUGCCGAUCCGAUAUACAUAGAUAAGGGGCACCUUCCUACCGUCAAUAAACGCCUAACAAGAAUUACUUACUCGGAAUAUACCAGUUGUAAAGGGCUACCACAUUGUCCUAAGAAGCGGUACCAAUCCAACACAAUAAGUCAGGGAUAUGGAAGAUACGAAAACGGAGCAAAUGACUACAACAGUUAUGAGCAUAGAUCAACAACAACCAGUACGCAAAGUUCAGAUGCAUCACGGGUAACAAUUGGUUAUUCAAUGAUCGUCCUUGCCCUAGUCCUGGGUAUCACUUGCCGUGAACUAAUGAACAUGUAUUGAUGAACAACGAUAUCCCAAGACGAAAUAUUACGCAGGUCACUAACCUAGCUCUUUGAAAAACACCGAGGAAUAUAUGUUGUACAUGAAUUUCUAUACACUAUUGUCAUUUGUAUAAUAUGAUAACCUGAAUUCCCUUCAAGAGCCUUAUCUACAUGUAUUGUUAUAGAAUUAACUGUAUAUAUUUUGCUGUGCAACGAUAAUAGAAUGCAAGAACUGAAUGGCAAACUUCAUGAAAGCCUUCCAUAAAAAGGGUUUGUGAUUCAGUUCUCGUUCAACGCAAAAAAUGCACGUCGUAGUUGUUUGUUAAAUGAGUGAGUUCCGAUGUCGUCCCCCUUUAUACACAUUAUUUUGCAUUUUGAAAUC